AUGCUGACCAACCAGGCGCCAACCGCAUCCCACAGCAGAAUGUUCAUGGAAAAUCCACAUGUUGGAGACAGAUCCCGUCUAGAGGACUGGAGAAUUAGAGGUUACAAUCCACUAACUCCUCCAGAUCUUCUUCAACAUGAAUACCCACUGACCAGCAAAUCUGAAAAGAACAUCUUGGAAGGAAGAGAAGAUGCCUGUAAUAUUCUCAAUGGAAAAGACGACAGACUUUUGGUAGUUAUCGGACCAUGCUCCCUUCAUGAUCCCGAGGCUGCUCUUGAUUAUUGCAACAGACUGUCAGCUUUCAAAGAGAAAGUCAAAGGAGAACUGCACAUUGUUAUGAGAGCAUACCUCGAAAAGCCUCGUACUACUGUCGGCUGGAAAGGUUUGAUCAACGACCCAGAUAUUGAUGGAUCUUUCAACAUCAACAAGGGACUCAGAAUCGCCAGAGAAUUAUUCGUCAGACUCACAGAAAAGCUUCCGAUUGCUGGUGAGAUGUUGGACACUAUUUCUCCUCAAUUCUUGAGCGAUUUGUUUUCUGUUGGUGCUAUUGGAGCUCGUACGACGGAGUCCCAACUACACAGAGAACUGGCGUCGGGUCUGUCUUUCCCUGUUGGUUUCAAGAAUGGAACGGACGGCUCGCUAGGCGUGGCCGUCGACGCUAUGCGUGCUGCCGCCCACCCCCACCACUUUUUAUCGGUUACCAAGCCAGGUGUCGUUGCCAUUGUUGGUACGGAAGGAAAUAAGGACACUUUCAUCAUCCUACGCGGUGGUAAGAAGGGUACCAACUACGACGAACAAAGCGUAAAAGAGGCAGAGCAAGCAUUGAGCAAGGCCGGCAUUCUUAAAGAGGGAGAAGCCAGAAUCAUGGUGGAUUGCUCCCACGGGAACUCUUGCAAAGACCACCGUAACCAGCCAAAGGUCGCAGCUGAAAUUUCCCGCCAGCUCAAAAAUGGUAACACCACCAUCUGUGGUGUCAUGAUCGAAAGCAAUAUCAACGAAGGAAGACAGGACGUGCCACCACUCGAAGAAGGAGGAAAAGACUGUUUGAAGUAUGGCUGCUCCAUAACUGACGCUUGUAUUGGCUGGGAAAGCACUGAGGAAGUGCUGGAGAUGCUAGCCGAGGCCGUGAAAGAACGCAGAUCGCUCAAGAACAAAAACUAA